ACUAAUGGGAUAAAAUAAGACUGAGUAUGAGUGUCAACCUGCCCACCUUCCACCCCUCACCCUCUGUGACAGUCCAGGGUACAGAGCACUUUACUGGGAUAUGAGAAGAGACUUGAGCCUUGAUUUACCUUAUGCUCCUGCUGAAUCAUAGUAUAAAGAUUUUAUCAAUUGGCUAUCCAGUCGUAAUUUGCACUCUCAGCAUAUUGAUCCAGACCAGACUGCAUUCAUAAAGGACAAAUACAAGCUGCGUAUUGUGCAAUGCGUUUUACAGUGACAAGUCCAUUUCUUUUGGUAAUCUCUUGAUUUAGAAAGAACAUUCACUAUAACAAAGGUGCAGCUUUCUUUUUCAAGCGCUGCCCCCUACCUUCAUUCUCCCAGAUUCUUACAGGGAUAAAAAGUCUUAGAGUCUUUUUAUGCCAAAUGAGAUGCAGCUGGGUGAGUCAUGGAGGUUAGAUCUCUGAGUCUGAAAUCACAUUGUGAUGGGAAACUAAGUAGGGAUUUCCAGAGCCUUUCUCACUUUUCACAUUGACCAGGGAAAUGUUUGCAAUAGAGAAUGAGAACUGUUAUACAAAAAAAAAACAACUUGGAGGAAGACAUCAGACAGUACCUUUGUACGCUGCUGUCACUGUAAUAGUUUUAUCUGUCCCAAACAUUUCUUCAAGGAAGUAACCAAUGACUUGGGGAAAAUAUCUGUCUGCAAAGAGAAAUUAAACCAAAUCUAAAAAGGUUGCUAUAAAUUUGUUGAAUGCCAUCCCUCUAAUACAUUUGAGUAAAAGUGAGCAGUAUAUUUUUAAUGAGUGAUUGCAUGUUUCUGUUGGGAGCUAAGGCACUUUGUAGCAGAGUUCCCUCACACUUCCUAUUACACCGUCCAGCUUUGGUGAUUUGCAGCUUUGUACCACAUGGUUCCAUCACUUUGUUUUCCUAGCAACUCAGUCUCAAAUAAGAGCUCUUUGACUGGAGGAUGCUCAUGAAUUGUGAAGUUUCAUAGAAAAUACUGUCCCAGGCUGUCAGGGACUUAAGUGUGGUGCUGCCCAAAGCCAGAGCCUGGCCAGCCAGAGCCACACUCUGCUGUCGCCCAGGCUCUGUGCGGCAGAAGCGACGUGGCUGAAGCCCUGGGAAGCCCCCAAGACCACAAGCAUACGUGGCACAGGCGUUCCCUGGGGACAAUUAGUGGCAGCACAAGGUGUGCCGCCGCUAGUUGUCCCCAGGGAACGAAACAUCCAUGCACUUCUGGAUGAGGCCCAGGGUUUUAAAAUGGAUCUGGAGUUUAGUUUCUAGCUAGUGUGAAGUUCUUGUAUAAUGUGCUUAUACAAACGCUUAGAAGACAGCAGCAGGCUGUUAAAGAAGGGCGGAAUCACUCUUCCACCAGUUCCUUUGAUUCUGACAUCUGGAAUGAAGGUUCAUUCUCACCAAACCCAAAUUGUAUCCUGGGACCAAGCAUCAGUACUUCUGGUCCAAACCUGAACCAAUCUGCCCAGGCUCUGAAUGCUGAAGGGGAGAGGGGCAGGGAACAGAUCAGUAUGGAUAGACCUUGCAUAAAUACUCUUUCUUAGCUUCUACUCUCUGCCAUUGUGAGACACAAGAACCUGGACUAGCUGGACAUGUGGUCUGACCCAGUGUGUCAUUGCUUAUGUUCUUAACCUUCAUGCCAAACCUUGAACCAUGCUAUGACUCAAACUAGCCACCUAAACCAAAAUCCUGAACUAAACUCUAAAGUUGUCUGCCAAGCUACACAUUUACUCAAAUCAUUCCCCAUAACUUUGGCCCCCAAAGCAAAGCCUUAUUCACCUCAACCCAAGCAGAAUCCUGAGAUCUUUCCAAAGAGGAACAGCCACCCACACUGGACUUGUUACUGAGAUGAUGAGUUCAACACUGACUACUUUUUCCAAAUUGAGGUUCCCAGAAGUCUUUCCACUGUUCAGAACAGCUAGGUUUGCCUCAGUGCAUUUCAGGGGUGGAUUAACUGGAGGUUGUUAAUAUGAAAGCUUUCUUAUCCGCUCAUCUGCCUGGGACUCUGUUUUUUAUUGUGGUAUUGCUUUUGUUUUUAACAGUGAGUUUCCUCAUAGUUGUCUGUGGUCAGGGAGUUUUGGGAAAUGCCUGUCUGCUUCUUUUUUCUUUGUUUUUGGAGGCCUGCCACAAGAAUUUUUGUGGAUUAAAAGGUUAUGCAGCUCUGCAAUGGAAUUCAUUCCCAACAAAAAAAUAACUAAAAAUAAUUUGGUCACUAUGAGAAACUCUUCUCCAUUCUGAGCAGGCAGAGAAAGCCAUGUUUCUCCAGGAGUCAAUUUGAGCUACGUGACACAAAACGCAUUUGGGUUCUGGGAGGUUUCACUUCCCUACGUUAAAAACUGACUCAGUCCUAGGUGUUGCCUAGAGCUCUUCCUGCUCCCUGAGUGGGUUUUAGAGCCAGCUUAAAGGAGCUCAGCUGUUAGUUUGGAUUGCAAACCAGCUGUGAAAUCUGCAGAGAAGAAUAAAAAAUGCACAUUUCAGACGUGGCUUGUUUUUUUGCCAGGAUCUUCAGUAUAAGGAAGUGAAAAAAACAUCUGUGAGUGUACGCACCAUUUUGCAGCUCCUCCUGACUGAGUGUUUCAAAGAUUGGGCAAGGAGGAAACCCCACCAGAGUAAUGCUGCAGCCAGAGGAGGUGGAUGUUAAAAGAGACCAGAAGAAAGGAAAAGCAGGGAUUGGCAAAGAUAAUGACUACUUAAUCACAAGUGAUUAUCAGUAGUUAUCCAUCUUCUCAACAUUUCAUAAUAUGAUUAAUCACUCAUGGAUAAACAGUCAUCACUAUCUUGAUGCAACCACUUGCACAACAGAUUCUCUGAAAUCUUCACUACAUUUACAAGAUGCCAAACAGUUCACUAAGCUGACAGGGACUCAGACUGUGUACAUGUUCCGGAGAUGUACUGUGUCUAUCUUCAUUAUCCUCACUUUGAUCAUCAUUUUUGCUUUGGCUGCUGCUCUGGGAGUUAAAAAAGACAAACUUCCUUCCACUUCCCAUCAAGUAACCUACCUGCUCGUCCCUGCAGCUUCCUGUCCAGAUGGUUGGAUUGGUUACAGAAGGAAAUGCUACUACUUUUCAGAGGAUGAGGGGAACUGGACAUUAAGUCAAAGCAUCUGCUCUUCAUACAAUUCCUCUCUCACUGUGAUUAAUAGUCAGGAGGACAUGAACUUUGUAAUGCGAUAUAAGGGCACCCUUGAUCAUUGGAUCGGACUAAGCCGAAAGCCAGGGCAGCCAUGGAAAUGGACAGAUGGCACUGACUUCAACAACUGGUUUGAAGUAAAGGGAAACUCUCUUUGUGCUUACCUCAAUGAAUUUGCUGUCAGUAGUUCUGGAUGCUACACUGAGAGAAACUGGAUCUGCAGCAGGCCAGAUGAAUACACACAAAGGCAGCAAAAAGACUCAGAAGUUAUGGUCACCUAGGGGAGUGUUUCCUACAGACUGUCUACUGCAGUUGCUUUCCCUGGUUCAGAAGUCGCCUUGUUAGCACAGAUGAACAUUUCAGACUGCAUCUCAGACUCUGCAGCUCUUAAUGGUGUGCUUCUUUCAGCAUAGGGACUGGCUUCUGUGAUGCAUCAGGGUACAGGCCUGCCCUCCUAGCCAGAGACGUUCUCUCACGGCAGUCAUGCCGUGAAAGCAUCCUCUUCUCGCUGAUCUAAGGACCAAGGUCAUGCCUAAUGAGAACUGGAUUACUGACUUUUUCAUGCUGGCAGCAUUUGGGCAAGAGUCAUUCUGCUCUCCUUUCCAGAGAGGUUUGGUAUGGGAAUGGGCCAGUCGACUCGGGAAGGCAGAGUGAGGAAAAACUCAAGGAUGGAAUUCUGCAUCAGGACUGAACUCAAGCAAGUGUUGCUUGUGAAUACAGGUGCCACAGGUUACCUAUACAGGUCAGAUCACAAAUGACAGUGAAACCUUUUAAUAUUGUUACCACAGCAUCAUAAUAUUUCUGUACCAUCCAUGGCAUGUGAAGAAAAAUCUUUUCAAAUUAUUUAAAUUAUUUUUGUAAUUCUCCUGUAUGUACAACAAAGCCUUCAUUCACCAUUUUCCAAAUUAUUUCUGCCAAUGCUUUCACUCUUUCUGGACUAUGUUACUUAUUACUACACAAGGUAGGAUUCUAUUUGUAUUGGUAAAUGUCAAUAAAUAUUAAUUUCACCUCA